AUGGGGGGAUUUUCCAGCUUGAAUGGUAGAGACAAGUUCUACUUCUUAUACUUCCUUAUCCACAUUCCCAUUACUGUGUUGAUCGACUCCAAUAUCGUCGUGCCUCGAGAAUACCAAUGGGAAAUUUCCACGCAGAUCUUGGACUUCCACGUCGAAACCAACAAAGACGUGUUGUUCAUGGGCCCUAGGCCCAUCUGGUUCCAGGUGUUUGGAGCCGUGGAGUUGUUGUUCCAGUUGCCGUUGUUUGUGUAUUGUAUCAUCCACAUGUACGCUGGCACCAAACGCCAUUACGCGUGGAUGUCGCUCUACGGGUUCAAUGCCUCGUUCACCACCUUGGUGUGCUUGUUCCACGUGUACUUUGCCAGUGACGAGUAUGGGUUGACCUUGGGAGAGAAGGGGAAGUUGGUGGGUAUUUAUGUGCCCUACUUGUUGAUUCCGUUGGGGAUCAUGGUGGACUACGUGGGCCGUAUCGGACAGGAGCUCACCAAGCACAAGAGGGAAUAG